CUCUGAUCAAUGGAUUUAGCAGGUUCACAGGAAUGGGCAGCUCUUUAGACGGUCUGUCGUUACCACCAGAAUGGUCGGACAAGUUCGAGAUGCGCAUGCAUCCCAUCAAAAAGCGCUCUGUCCACGCUCGACAAGCCUUUGCAGCGGGCGAUACCCUUUUUGAGACCCGUCCGCCGUUCGCUGUAGUCGGCAACAGCGACAUUUUGACACGAUGCUUCCAUUGUCUGAAGCCUACGAGUCCCGAGCGCGAGCUGAAGCGAUGUUCGUCCUGCCAGCUUGCGCGCUUCUGCGGGCCAGCCUGUGUCAAGGCAGGCUGGACACCUGAGGGCCACAAGUACGAAUGUGCGGCCUUCAAACGGUGUGGCUUCAAGGACACCCCCGCUUCGCUCGCAAAAUUGCCAUUGACGGAAGCGCGUUUGCUUGCACGCAUGAUCUGGGCACAGAAGCACGAUCCAUCGCAACAUCGAUAUGAUCUGCACGGUGAUGUGGACUGCUUCGACAACAAGGAGAAAGCCCUGUGGGCCCGUAGGAUACAAGAGGCCUCUGUCCUCGUCGGUCAAUCUCUGUUCAACGAAGUACUGGGCAAUGCGAAAGCGGCGCUGCUCCAAAUGGCAAAGGUGCAGAUGAACGCCCAUACGCUCUGUACACCCUUUGGGGAGGCCUGUGGCGUCUCCCUCAGUUCAUCUUUCGCCUUGAUCAAUCACUCCUGUGCGCCUAACACGUUUGCAAUGUCUUCACACUGGCCAGACGAAAAGCCAAAAUAUCUGCGCGUGGCAGCGUGUAGGCCUAUCAAAGCGGGUGAUGAGAUCACCAUCGCAUAUGUCGAUGUCGAGGAGGAGAAUCUGCAGCGUCGGCAGACCAUCAAAGCAACGUAUGGAUUCGACUGCGACUGCAGGCUCUGCGAAGCAGCCACUCGUGGUGAACCAUGGGCGCAUUCCAACCGUGCGCUUCGCUGUGUCGUUUGCGAAGUACGCAAGGACUUUAGCUACAUGGCGGAACGGUUCGGAGACGCAAAGUGGGCGUAUCUUCAAGAACAACGGCCGGCCCCGAACGUAAAAUCGAUUCUUGUAUACUGUCCGGCAGGCCAUAGCUUCAGAACCGAGUUUUUGGAGAUGUACAGACAGAUUGCGGCUGUCAAAUCAGCAUCGAGCGAUACGCCGAUUCGGCAGGGAGAACCCUGGUCAGCAGAGUAUACCAUCCUGAGUCGCAGUAUGCUGCCUUGCGCCGUUGCAUUGCGACAAUAUGUGUGCAAGAGACUGGAAGCACGCAUCAAAGAGCCCAUGGUCGGGCCUGCUUUCAUGGGCUGGCAGCCGCUGGUGUUCGAUCCUGUCGUACAAGCUUACAAAGUCUACAUGAUCGGCAGACAACUCUCGCCUCAUCCGUCGACGCUCUUUCAAGAAAUGUGUCUUGGCUCUCAGAUUUGCAUGGCAAUGCAUGCUGCCCUCGACCAGGCGCACACUCUGAUGGCGCUCAAGGGGGUCGACGAACGACACAAGUACGCGCAGUAUUGGCAACAACUUCGAGAUCAAUGCCGCGAGACGCUCACGGUCGCGCAUACUGUCUGGCGAGCGGAUGGCGGUCAUAUCGCAACCGAGAUCCGGCGGAUCUUACAAGUUGCCGAGCAAGCCUGGCAGCAUCUCGCCUUCACGCGCUAUCAGGAGCGCACGACAGGUAUCGGGAACAACAACAACCUGUAAUAUUCUUGUUGUAGACGGGAUGUAGUGACUGGCGCCCUUCGCAUGCACGUGAGCGCGUCAAAU